UGUUCACAGCUAUCGCCGUACAGUAGUAAAAUCUUAUUCUUGUGUUUAAACUUGUGUUAAUUAAGAAUUCGGAAUCCCGCUAAGAAUCCUAGUCUUCCACACCCUUUGGGCAUCUAUGUAAACCAGCCGCGCCCAUUAUCUCCUUCGUGUGCCAAUAACUGUGCGAAGUAACUGGCCGUGGGCGAUGUUCCAUCUCUAGUUAGUCAAAACAUUAAAAGUCAGUCGCAUUUUUACAUUGUUGAAAAAUGAUGAUUUAAGUACUUAAAAAGCAGCCGAACAACGAGUAAAGACAGUCAAGAGAGAACUUGGCCCGCCAGAGAUCUAGAGUCCCGUACCGAACGCCCACUCGAACAGCAAAUCGCAGCAGCUAAUCGCCCCGAGAAAUGGAUCGCAAGGCUGAGCUGGAACGCAAGAAGGCCAAGUUGGCCGCCCUGCGCGAGGAGAAGGAUCGCCGGCGUCGCGAGAAGGAGAUCAAGGACAUGGAGGAGGCGGCCGGUCGCAUUGGCGGCGGAGCAGGCAUCGACAAGGAUCAGCGCAAGGAUCUCGACGAAAUGCUGUCAUCGCUGGGCGUGGCCCCCGUCUCCGAGGUCCUUUCCUCACUCUCCUCCGUCAACUCGAUGACUUCGGACAACUCGAACACACAGACCCCCGACGCCAGCCUCCAAGCCACUGUCAAUGGCCAGAGCGGCGGAAAGAAACAGCCCCUCAACCUAAGCGUCUACAAUGUGCAGGCUACGAACAUUCCACCAAAAGAGACACUGGUCUACACAAAGCAGACCCAGACGACCAGUACCGGAGGCGGAAACGGCGAUGCUCAUGCUACGGAUUAUUAUGAUGAAUACAAUCUUAAUCCGGGUUUAGAGUGGGAGGAUGAAUUCACAGACGACGAAGAGAGCUCACUGCAGAACCUGGGCAACGGAUUCACCUCCAAGCUGCCACCGGGCUAUCUCACCCACGGCCUGCCCACCGUUAAGGACGUCGCCCCGGCCAUCACACCACUCGAGAUCAAGAAGGAGACUGAAGUGAAGAAGGAGGUCAACGAGCUGUCCGAGGAGCAGAAGCAGAUGAUCAUACUGUCGGAGAACUUCCAGCGGUUCGUGGUGCGUGCCGGCCGCGUCAUCGAACGGGCCCUCUCGGAGAAUGUGGACAUAUACACGGACUACAUCGGCGGCGGCGACAGCGAGGAGGCGAACGACGAGCGAUCGCAUGCGCGGCUCUCGCUGAACCGCGUCUUCUACGACGAGCGCUGGUCGAAGAACCGCUGCAUCACCAGCAUGGACUGGUCCACCCACUUCCCCGAGCUGGUGGUGGGCUCGUACCACAACAACGAGGAGAGUCCGAACGAGCCGGACGGCGUGGUGAUGGUGUGGAACACCAAGUUCAAGAAGAGCACGCCCGAGGACGUCUUCCACUGCCAGAGCGCGGUGAUGUCCACCUGCUUUGCCAAGUUCAAUCCCAACCUGAUCCUCGGCGGCACCUAUUCGGGCCAGAUUGUGCUGUGGGACAAUCGCGUGCAGAAGCGCACGCCCAUACAGCGCACGCCCCUCAGUGCCGCGGCGCACACGCAUCCCGUCUACUGCCUCCAAAUGGUGGGCACCCAGAAUGCGCACAACGUCAUCUCCAUAUCCUCGGACGGCAAGCUGUGCUCCUGGUCGCUGGACAUGCUGUCGCAACCACAGGACACGCUGGAGCUGCAGCAGCGCCAGUCGAAGGCCAUUGCCAUUACAUCGAUGGCCUUCCCGGCCAACGAGAUCAAUAGCCUGGUGAUGGGCAGUGAGGACGGCUACGUCUACUCCGCCUCGCGCCACGGCCUGCGCUCCGGGGUCAACGAGGUUUACGAACGCCAUCUUGGCCCUAUCACUGGCAUAUCCACGCACUACAACCAGCUGUCGCCGGACUUUGGCCACCUCUUCCUAACCUCGUCCAUUGACUGGACCAUCAAGCUCUGGUCGCUAAAGGACACAAAGCCGCUGUACUCCUUUGAGGACAACUCCGACUACGUGAUGGACGUCGCCUGGUCGCCCGUGCAUCCCGCACUCUUCGCCGCCGUCGACGGCAGCGGCCGCCUGGAUCUGUGGAACCUCAACCAAGACACGGAGGUGCCGACCGCCUCGAUUGUCGUGGCGGGAGCACCAGCCCUUAACCGCGUCUCUUGGACCCCAUCCGGUCUGCACGUGUGCAUCGGCGACGAGGCCGGCAAGCUGUACGUGUACGACGUGGCCGAGAACCUGGCGCAGCCAUCGCGCGACGAAUGGUCGCGGUUCAACACCCAUCUUAGCGAGAUCAAGAUGAACCAGAGCGAUGAGGUCUAGGACGAUAUAGUUAACUGGUAGUUGAGAGUCGGUACCACUUUUGCUAAUCUUACAGGAGCGACCUUGAAUGAAAUUUAAUUUGUAUUUUUGUAUCUUUUGUGAUCCCGCUACUGUGUAUAGCCCAGAACUCAAAACUUAACCGCAGUCCAAGUGCUCAGAAUCACUCCAAAGCCCCCAAGAAAUCAGGGGAAACUGCAAAAUUCUCUAGAUGACCACAGUAACUGUACUAGAAGUUUUAUUCAAUGAAACUCGAUAGAAUAGAGAUAAACAUAAAUGAAUACAUAUAUAUAUACGAAGAAUAGAACUUGAAGUUUAUCUACCCGCAUAUUUGAUUGGUAUAUCCAUUAUUUUGUUACUCAAUAUUGGUUUCAUUCCAUAGCUAUUUUCCCAGUUCCGUUUCCACCAAAAAUCGCAACCAAAUUGGCUAUUCCGACUCCCCGGAAAUUUGAUUGGUGGUGGUAACUGAACUGCAAAUAGGAUUCAUACUUGAUUUUAAAUUAGUGCAACUAACAAGAUUGCAGAAAGAUCGUUUAUUGUUUAUUCGACUGUCGGGCAGGCUGAAAGCAACACAUAAAUAAAUUAAAUGCUACAUAUUAUAUACAACAACGUAUUAAGCGUGGAAGUGGGGGCUUGGGAAUGAAGGUACGAGGACUGAAGAUGGAGCUACGUCCCCUCAACUGAAAGAGCCCAAAUGUAAAUGUAUUAUAGCGAAGCCUAUUUAACGAGAUUAAAUAAACAUAAUAUCUAUAUAUACACCU